CUCUUAGCAUACAGCUGUUUGCGUUUGGCAUUUUUUUAUUAGUAAAUAAACCUGAUAUUUAAAAAAUCAAGUUUUUCGUGUUCCUUCGUUUAACAAUUUUAAAUAUUAUUUCCGUAUAAAAAAUGAUUGGGCCAAAUUCAACAAAGGACAAAUUGCUAAAACUAAUGGCAGAGAAAAGGGAUUUGGAAAUUCAAAUCGAUGCAUAUGGAAGUAUACUAUCAGAGAAUGAUAAUGUUGGAAUGCGAGGUCCACUGGUCGAUUCCGAAGGUUUUCCUCGCAACGACAUUGACAUCUAUAAAGUUCGUCAGGCCAGACAACAAAUAAUUUGCUUGCAAAACAAUCAUAAAGCCCUAAUGAAAACGAUUGAAACGCUAAUGCACCAGCUGCAUGCUGAGGCAAGGCAACAACAGUUAACUCAGCAGACAUCGGAUAUGCAUCUAAAUGAUAGAUCCAAUGGGAGUUCUGAAAAUAUGGAAGUUUGCGUCAAUGGUUUAACACCCGUGAAGGCCAUAGUGAAAAUUACACAUGUAGAUGCUGGAUCACCUGCAGAAAAAGCGGGUCUUCGAAGCCAGGAUGAAAUAGCCGAAUUUGGUUCGAUAAACUGCAACAACUUUAACAAGGAGCUAUCUAGCAUUGGCAGCGUCGUAAAUCACAUGCGCAAUCAACGAAUUCCAUUGAAAGUUUUGCGAAGCAAUGAAGUUUUAGAUAUAAUUCUCAUUCCACAAAGAUGGCCUGGUAACGGCUUAUUGGGUUGCAACAUCGUUUUGUGCGAAUAGAUAUUUUACUACAUGUAAUAAUUUUUAUAUUAUUUUAUUUCUUUUAUUGGUAUGGGAUACACGUUGUUUACAAAAUGGAUCAUUAAUAAUGCAAAAAAAAACAUCUCAUUGUGUAUCUAAAACUGGAAAAAGAAAACAUCAUUUGAGUUAUAUAAUAAAAUAAAUAAAUACAAAUAUUAAAAAAGAA